CACCUUUCACCGUUAAACAUCCACCGUCACAAAAAAAAAUCAAAACAAACAUGAAGCCACCGUCGCUAUGUCUCCUCCUCCUCCUCCUCGCCACCGCCGUCUCCUCCCAGCCCGCCCCGUCCCCCGACGGGUCCGCCGACCCGCCGGCCAGCCUCUUCGAGGAGCUGGGCCCGAAAGAGAAGUUCGGCGACACGUUCGGCAACCCGGACGACUUCAAGAAGCAGCUCCCCAACGACAUCGGCACGCCGGAGUUCGUCAGCUCCGACCUGUCCGACUUCGUCGAGAAGUCCACGGGGACGCUGCACAAGGAGGAGGAGGAGGCCCGGCCGCCGCUCCCCGUCGACGAGUGGAAGGGGAAGUGGGAGCUCUUCACCGACAACUCCGGCGUGUCGGCGAUGCACAUGAUCCUCAUCCCCAACGUCGACAAGGUUCUGAUGUACGACGCCACGAUCUGGCGGAUCUCCAAGAUCCUCCUCCCCAACGGCCAGUGCCGGAUCCUCAACGAGGCCACCGGCGAGAAGGAUUGCUGGGCGCAUUCCGUUCUCAUGGAUAUCAACACCGCUAAGCUAUUUCCCCUCGAGCUGAAAACGGACACGUGGUGCUCGUCGGGAGGCCUUCUCGUCGACGGCAACCUGAUCAGCACCGGCGGGUUCCAAGGCGGCGCCAACACGGUCCGGUACCUCGACAUGUGCCCCACGUGCAAUUGGCGCGAGUACCCGAGCGCCCUCUCCGCCCCGCGGUGGUACUCCACCCAGGCCCAGCUCGCCGACGGCAGGAUGAUCGUCAUCGGCGGCCGAGCCGCCCCGAGCUUCGAGUACAUCCCGCAGGAAGGCAAGUCCAACGCCAAGCCUUUCUUCUUCGACUUCCUCAAGCAGACCACCGACCCGGACGAGAACAACCUCUACCCUUUCGUCUUCCUCUCCCCGGACAAGAACGUCUUCGUCUUCGCCAACAACCGCUCGGUGCUCCUGAAUCCGGACACCAACACGGUGGUGAAGGAGUUCCCCGUGCUCCCCGGCGGGCACCGUAAUUACCCGGCCAGCGGGAUGGCGGUGCUGCUGCCGCUUGAGGUGAAGUCCCCCGAGCCCAAUGCCGUUGUGGACGCUGAGGUGCUGGUUUGUGGUGGGUCGGCCCAUAUUGAUUCGUACACGCUGGCUUCCAAGGAUAUGUUCUAUGAGGCCCUUCAGGAUUGCGGAAGGUUGCAGAUUACCAAGCCCAGGCCCAAUUGGAGGAGGGAGCUCAUGCCUACUGCUAGGAUCAUGGGUGAUAUGCUGCUGCUCCCGACGGGGGCGGUCCUGAUGAUCAACGGAGCGAUCCGGGGCGCCUCCGGGUGGGGGUUCGCCCGGGAACCGAACCUGACCCCGGUCCUGUUCGACUACAAGGCGGUCGACAAGUCCCACCUCUUCAAAGAGCUGAACCCGACCACCAUCCCGAGGAUGUACCACUCCACCUCCGUCGUCCUCCCGGACAACCGCGUCCUCGUCGCCGGCAGCAACACCAACAACGGGUACAUCUACGACGCCAUGUUCCCCACGGAGCUCCGCGUCGAGAAGUUCUCCCCGCCCUACUUCGACCCGUCGCGGGCCGACAAGAAGCCCAAGAUCGUCGACGGCGGGUGCCCCAAGGAGCUGAAGUACGGCCAGGAGUUCACCGUGAAGGUCGAGCUCAACGAGAACAAGGUGUCGACGAAGAACUUCCAGGUGACCAUGUACGUCCCGGCGUUCACGACCCACGGCGUGGCGAUGAACCAGAGGCUGAUCAAGCUGUUUGUGAAGGACUCCGUCAAGGUCGGGGAAGGGAGGUACGACGUGACGUGCAACGCGCCGCCGAGCACCGCGGUGGCGCCGGAGGGGUACUUCUUGUUGAGCGUGGUUUAUUACAAACUGCGCCUCCCCAGCGCGGCGGUUUGGGUUCAGCUCAAGAAUUGAUUCGACGUCGUAUUCGUUUUAAUUAUUAUUCAAUUUGUUUAUUUUGUUUAUUUUGUUUUUGUUAAUGGCUUGCUGAGCUUUACUCCUCAGAUGUGAGUAUGAUCAAAGUUGUACGUGACAUGAAUUUGUAAUAAAUCGAUUCCGAUCAAAUUUUCACCUCACUAUAUUUUGUUUGCACGAUGCAUGUUUAUUCGAUAAGAGGGUAAGUUCCUCUCUA